AUGACAUCUCCAUCCCCGUUCUUCUUUGCCAAUCAAGCGGCCCAAAUGCAUCAAAUGCCACAGCGCACUAUACACAACCAACUCUGCGACUACAAAGCCCCAGAACCACCCCUCGGUCGUCCAGAGAUGCGACGUCGGCUGGGCAUAGAUCUGGAUCGUGCGGAAGACGUUCGUCAAAAUGAUCAUCCCGAGCAGGAAAAAGAGCAGUCCUACCACCUCCACCAUGCGGCUCGGCAGGCGACCGAUUUGCUCGGGGAACCGACGGUGGCGGAUGCACAGCCUCAGGAGCCAGACUUUGAGGAUGACGAUCAGGAGCAGGUUGAGGAAUAG